AUGAUACAAGCAUUCAUUCUGCUUCUGACAUGUAUGAUGUGCUAUUCCCGUUAUUUGUUCUAUCAUACGAGUAAUGAACAAGUAUUCGAUUGUUUAUAUGCACAUAUACAAUAUUCAUUGGAAAUGAAGACUGGCGGAGCUUACCUAUUACUCUAUCAUAUUAUUCCUUAUUGUCAACGAUCGAAUGAAAAUAGAGAAUCGAUGUUCAUAUCAGAUGAGAAUAUACAAAAUAAGAUAAGUUUUAAAGAAUUGUAUCGUAAUGGUGUCACAAGUUCUCAGCUAUUAGAUUGGUUCGCUCCAAUUGAUAUUGCAGAAGAGUAUGAAAGCAAUGGUAGAAACUCCGACGAGUUCUUUUACAACUGUUCUUUGCCCUGUUUUGGUACAAGAUGUCAAUAUCGAUUAAUUAUUGAUCGACAAGUUCCAUUUGGUAUACUUGUUCGUGAAACUUUUCUUGAACGUGAAUCACCAUCAUUGACUAUUAACUUCUCUGUUGGCGCAUGUUAUUUAUUUUUAAAUACGUGUAUUCGUGGUCCCUCACCAAUGUGUCUCGAUUGGCGUGAAAUCUGUAAUGGUGUUUAUGAUUGUGUUAAUGGAGAAGAUGAACAAUUCUGUUAUUUAUUGGAACAAAAUCAAUGUUCGAGCGACGAAUUUCAGUGUCUUAGAAGCAAAGAAUGUAUUUCGCAGACAUUCUUCAAAGAUUUCGAAGCAAGUUUUGAAUGUCUUGACACUAGUGAUGAGAAUGGCGAAUUGGCAGGAGAAUUUGGAGAACGUUGCAUCUCAUUUCCAACCUUUGAAUGUGAAGAAGUGGCACGUGGGCUUCGCGAUCGCUUCUCAUGCGGUGAUGGUGAAACUCAGCCGGGCAUAUUCCCUCGUUUUCAUACCUUUUGUCAAAGUUUACGAGAUCACUACAUGACUAAGACUCUAUUUACUUCGUUUGACUAUAUUUCAAACUUUGCAUGUCGGCAACUUCUUAUAUGUUUCAUUCGUCCACAUCGAGUCCCUAAUCUCUCAUAUUUAUACAAUGAAACUCAAUGUGAACUACCUUCUGAACGAUGCUCAUUCGACUGGCUCGUUUUUCCUGAAUACCCGAUACUUUAUUCAUUUUUUCAAUUUGUUUAUUUUACAAACCGAUCGAUAUCCUUAUCUAAAAAUGAUUUCACACCGAAUUUCAUCUGUUUCAAUGCAACACGAUGUCCAAAAUAUCUCUUCUGUUCAGUAGAUAUCGGAAUGCAAAACGGACUUCAUUGCUGCCACGCUCGUCACAUAACUCGUCAAGACAUCGAUAAAUGGUAUUCGCUCCAGGGUAUUUUCGUAAAUAUUUUCAGCGGCUGUUUUCCAACCACUCGGAACGAAAAAUAUAUAUCGUCUAACAGAGAGACACAGUCGUCUCUAAGCGUUGAUAAUCGAUGGAUCGAUUCACAUAAAACGUUUGCAUUUGCACGCUUAUGUGAUGAUCAUUUGGAUAUAGAAGACAAUACUGAAACGAACGAUACCGAUGAAAGCGAUUGUCAUUUCUGGCCAUGUAAUAAUCCAUAUACUCGAUGCAACAGAUACUUGCAUUGCUUAAACGGUAUAGAUGAAGUCAAUUGUCCGCAUAAACUAUGUUCGUUCAAUGAACUUACUUGUGACAAUUAUUUGCCUCAUGUUAUCUAUUGUCUACCAAUAUCACUUCUAGCAGAUGAUCAUGCACGGUUUAAUCCACAUAGAAGUCCGUCUCGUGUUUUAUAUUUAGUCAACGAAACAAUUGGUAAUGUGAAAAAUUAUUUGGCUUGGAAUCAAAGCAAGUGUCUCGACAUCGAUUAUUUUAAUCGAAGUAAAUUGGUGCUAGUGGGUAAUAAUGGCGAUCCUUGUUUAGUACCAAAACAUCUCCCAUCCCAAACUGCGAAAUCAGUUUCAUUUUUUAGAAACAAUACGGAGAUAUGUACACUUACUACAGUUGCUGGACAUAAUAUUCAGCAGCAUCCAUUCGCUCAAUCGUUACGUUUAGGUUAUUUCCCACCGAUUAUUUCUCAAGCUUCUCCUCGAUCAACAGAAAUUCAAUCGAAUGAACAGAUUCCUGUAAAUCUUAAGUCAGACGAUUUUAUUCAUUGGCAUUGCAAUCGAGGAUUUCUCAUUCUUUACCAAGAUAAUCAAACUGUCAGGUGUCUGUGCCCUCCAAGCUAUUUCGGUCCACGAUGUCAAUGGCAAAAUCAACGUGUUAGUUUAUCAUUUCAAUUGAAAUAUUUCAGUUUUACAUAUCAAAUGCCCAUUUUUCAAGUCAUUAUUAUGCUCAUUGAUGACCAAGGACAAAUCACACCGUACCAUGAACAGACUAUUCACAUGCCUAAACGUGAUUGCGGAACGAGAUAUCAUAUGUACUUACUUUAUCCAUCUCAACCAAAGAAUUCUUCGAUCGAUUACGCCGUUCGUAUUGAUAUCUUCAAUCGUAUGACAUUGACUCAUUGGGCAAGUUGGCUUUUACCCAUUUCAUUUCCAUUUCUUCCUGUGAAUCGUAUCGCUAUGGAGUUUCUUAUUCCUCUAAAUCCACAACGAACAGACGUAUCAUGUCCAUUACCAUGUGGAAAACAUGGAAAAUGUCUGAAAUAUGUAAACAAAAAUGCAUCGUACUUCUGUCAGUGUGAUUCGGGUUAUUCUGGGUUAAAUUGUCAAUUUAAACACAAUUGCUCUUGUUCAUCUGAUUCAUUUAGCCGUAGUUCAUCGAUUUGCGUCUGUCCUUUAUAUCGAUUUGGCCCGAAGUGUUACUUAAAACAUACCGCGUGCCAAACAUCAACAGAUCCUUGUCGAAAUGAUGCACAGUGUGUACCAAUUGAUGAUCGUGUUGCUCAGAAUAGCUUCACAUGCAUUUGUAAAGAAAACUUUUUUGGAGCUCGAUGUGAACAUAUCCAAAAUCGAAUCGAUAUUGAGUUUAAUGAUCACCUAAAGACAACAACAACUGUGCCCAUUUUGAUUCAUCUAAUAACAAUUUAUAAUACAUCGAAUCAUCUACAAAGUAAAAUCUUGAAACAAAUUAAAUAUGGCCAGAAUGAAGUCACUAUUCUUACAACAACUCCGUUUCAUCUGGUGUUCGUCGCGUACUUCCACGAGGAGUUCUAUUUGAUUGUCAGACGUGAACAAUUCAUUGAAUCAGAACAUAUUCAAGCAAAAAUAUUACCCGACUAUCGAUGUUUGUUCGUCAAUGAAUUAUUAAAUGAAACAUUGACUUCUUUUCAUUAUCUUCGUCGUAUCAAAUAUUAUCCAUUGUUAUGUCGACAGCAACGACAACUGAUGUGUUUCUAUGAUGAGAUCUACAUGUGUGCAUGCGAUCAGGAUCGGUUUUCCAAUUGUUUCUCAUUCAAUCGAACUACGACUGACAAUUGCGAUCAAAAAGAAAAUCCUUGUGAAAACAAUGGAAAAUGCUUCAUAGCAAAUCAAACCUGUUCAAGUUCAAUCAAAUGUCUUUGUUCAGGUUGCUUCUACGGUACAAAAUGUCAGUUUACAACUGAAGGCUUCGUUCUAUCACUUGAUUAUAUUCUUAGUUAUCAUAUUAAACCGAAUCUGUCAUUUUCUCAACAACCAUUUAUUGUAAAAAUGAGUGCAUCGAUCGUUGUAGUCAUGUUUCUUAUUGGGUUUAUUGGUGGCUUUUUGUCAAUUGUAACAUUCCGCGUGAGAAAAACGCGCACAACUGGGUGUGGAUUUUAUUUAUUAGUAUCCGGCUGGACUUCAAUAUUAAUUGUAUCUGUAUUAGUAGUGAAAUUCAUCCAAUUGCUGUUGUUGCAAAUGAAAAUUUAUAAUGAUUGGUCGGUUCAUCGUUUGAAUUGUAUUCUAUUAGAUGUAUUAAUUAAAAUUCUUUUAGCGAUAAAUGAUUGGCUUGAUGGAUGUGUUUCCAUUGAACGUGUUAUCACAGUGACACAAGGUGUAAAAUUUAAUAAAACCAAAAGUAGACAAGUAUCUAAAUGGAUAACUUUAAUUAUUUCUUUGAUUAUAAUUUUGACUCAUCUUCAUGAUCCAUUUCAUCGUCAAUUAAUUGAAGAUAUUGACAUCGACGAAGAGCGAACAUGGUGUAUCGUUCAAUAUUCAAUGUCUUUCAAUAUUUAUAAUUCAUUCAUAACUUUAUUUCAUUUUCUUGCACCAUUUACAAUCAAUUUCCUCUCAACGAUAAUCAUUAUUAUUACAAUAGCUCGGAAUCGUUCGACCAUCCAGUUGGGUUUAUCAUAUUCGGAACAUUUAAAAUUACAAUUAAUUCAGCGCAAACAUCAGUUUAUGGCCUCAUUGAUUUUAGUGCUAUUAGGACUACCUCGUCUUGUUAUCUCAUUUAUAAAUGGAUGUAUGAAGUCACCGCAUCAUUCGUGGUUAUUUUUGACCGGAUAUUUAGUUUCAUUUUUACCCUCAAUGAUGACAUUUGUUAUAUACGUAUUACCAUCGAAAAUGUUUAAAGAUGAAUUUGAUCAAGUUGUGCGAGAAACAAUUCGACGUUUCCGCAAUUAG